CUCCUCCUCCUCCUCCUCACCACCACCACCACUACUUCCUCAGCCCUUUGUUUGGCUCGGCUGACAUGUCCGCGUUAUCUUCCCUUUCCAAAUUUCUACCAUCCAUCAACUCGCGCGACCGCCCCGCCGACCCUUUAUCACACCUUCGCUUCGUCCUCGAAACAAUGCCUGGCUCCAGGAAAUACCUCUUCACAGCAGCGACUCGUGCAGAGAUUCUCUCAGAGCUCUACGACGCGUUCUGGGGCUCGUACGCACACCUCUUUCUGCCAAAUUCAAAUUCAAGUCUGCCACUGCAUGCCACCCUCAGUCAAGUACAGUCAUCCUUGGGAUUCUCCGGCGCUGGGAAAGAGGCACCUGUACUGCCAGGGAGGCCUUGUGGCCACAUUCUCAAGAAGGGAGAGAGCUGUUUUCGAUGCAAGGACUGCGCUCUCGACGACAGCUGCGUCCUUUGUCCCCGGUGUUUUCAUGCGACAAACCACACUGGACACAAUGUCAGCUUCUUCAUCGCCCAACAAUCCGGUGGAUGCUGUGACUGCGGCGAUGAGGAGGCAUGGAGAACACCCAUAGGCUGUCCUUACCAUCCACUACUCAUAUCCGAUGAUGAUGAAAUGUCCGGCCUUUCCACCCCCAAAGUCAGCUCAAAAUCCCUGCAGGAUUCUAUCCCUACUGUUAAAAACUUUCCUGACCGUGUCUUCGUACCUCCCGAUCUUCGUGAGACCAUGAGCAGGACAGUAGGCUAUGCCCUCGACUUCAUUCUUGACACCCUGGAUUUCUCUCCCGACGAGCCUUCUGUCCCUGCCAAUGAGGCAGAUCUCCGUAUCCAACCUUCUGCCGAUCCCAUGUCAAAGGAUCAGUUCUGUAUCGUCCUCUGGAACGACGAAAAGCACUCUUUUGACGAAGUCAUCAAACUUCUCUGCGACAAGACAAAUUGCUCCCGCGAUGAGGCCUCUGAAAUCACCCAGAGAAUCGACGAAAAUGGCCGGGAGAUAAUCGAAAUGAGCUCCAACACACAGCGACUUCUCGACACAGCUCAGUCUCUGACCAUAAUUGAUUUGGGAGUGACAGUCCGGAGAGCCUAUGAUACAUUCCGCGAACAGGUCGUCUCCGUCAUCAUAGAAUGGCUAUUAGACCUCACACACAGUCGCCUUGGAAGCGAUACUGUCAUAUUGCGUGAAAUCAUAUCCGAGGAAUUACUCUCGCGUCGAAGGACAACUUGCGCAUCAAACCCUCAUGCUCUACAUUCCCUCCCUGACGUUUCUGCCGUCCCUACCAGGCUUGAUAUACUGUUCCUCUAUCACGCUAGGCUCUGGAAGAAGCCUCGCCUGAGCUUGAAGGAGAUCUACACUUCCGUCCUUAUCCUCAGCCACAUUCACAAGCUUGCAAUUGCUGGACACUUUGCAAGUGUGUACCAUCGCGUCAUCGAUGCAUACCUCCUUGUUGAUCAUGAAGCGGAGACGUCGAUCAAAUACUUUGCUCUUCAGCUUUUCACGACACCUUCCGUUGCCGCCCAUAUCGUCCGUAACUACAAGCUUGUCUCCCGACUUCUGGCCAUCAUCACAGCUUUCUUCACAAACCAGAUAACUGAGAAACAUAUCAUCUAUCCCCCUAUGCUCAUAACAAGCAUAGACGUCGAUACUUUUCCCUUCAAAUCCAAGCGCUUCAUGCCCGUCUUCAGUGACCUUCGCUAUCUUUGCCAUAAUGAACCUGUGCAAAGAAUGAUCGCUCAUAACCGCGAAUUUAUCGUGCAAUUUGCCAAAACAUGCCAGCUCUUCAUGUGCAUCAAUCCAAACAAACGAGCCGCAACCAAUCAUGUUGAGUAUGAGACAGACGCAUGGAUUAGCGUUUUCAAUGUGACUUUGUCGCUGUCCCGUGUUAUCAAGGUCUAUGGCGAAGCGUUCGCCAAGGCUACUACCGCCGAACUUGCUUCGGCAAUCUCAACGAUAGUUCAUCAUAUUUUGAUGGUGUGUACGCUUGCGGAGGACAGACUCGAUAGAACAAAGUAUUCUCCCAUCGCAUUCCACGAGGUAUUCUUUGGGAACGCUGUUUACAAUGUCAUACAGUUCGAUGUGCUGGAAGGAUGGACGAGUUUUCAUCAUUCUCUCCAUUGGUUACUUGCUGAGCUCUUCAAGCAUGUGGAUCUGUUGACAGAAGAUCAUUUACGUGAUGUUGGGAUGACAGGGGUUCGUGAUAUCCUCUUGCGGCAUGCGAGCGAGCAAGCCAUCUUGACCGUGAUCGACUUCCCUCUGAGAGUUCUUGCUAUGAUUGCACAGAUUCGUACCGGUCUUUGGGUUCGAAAUGGCUUUGCCAUUCGAGGACAACUUCUUCAUUACCGUGAUUUCAUGCUGAGGGAGCUUUGCUAUGAUCAGGAUAUCUUCAUUCUUCAGGUCGCGCUUGCCGUUCUAGACCCUAACACCGUCAUCGUCACAAUCUUGGACCGGUUCAGGCUCGUGGGCUACUUCUCCGGAGCCUCUCUGCACUCCGUGUAUGAAGGCGCUCAGUUAUCCAGCAUGGUCGAAGAGGUAUUGUAUAUCUUCAUAACUAUCCUCAGCGAGAGCGCAAGUGCUGGCCGAUUGCCCGUUCCAAGCCAAAUACGCCGUGAAAUCAUCCAUGCUUUAGCCCUUGGACCAUGUUCGUAUACCGACCUGGUGAAGAGGGUCGCGGAACGCCUGGUCGAGGAUAUCAAUUUCGAAAAGGUAUUGACGGAGGUCGCAGUCUUCCGUUCCCCCGAGUCCACGACGGACUGCGGCGUCUAUGAGUUGAAGGAUGACAUGUACGAUGAAGUUAAUCCGUUUUUCUAUCAUUACACGCGCAACAAACGGGAAGAGGUGGAGUCCAUUCUUCUCAACCGCUUACGGAAAACAGGACAAUCUGAACCUGUCCUCGUUCCCAAACCAAUGCAAGUGGCAACAGGACCAUUUUCUAUCAUCUCAUCGACAUUCGAGUCCGAGGCGUUGUUACAAGUGAUCUUCUACUCAAUUCAUAAUGUCCUUGCUGCAACAGAUGAAUCUGGAUCCGCCCCGCCCUCUGCAGAAGCUAUCCUUGACCAGAUCCUACACCUCAUCAUGUUGGCACUGGUGGAGCGCGCAGUCAUCUUCAGCAAUCUUUCAGUCGUAAAGACAUUUGAAAGCAAGACUUUGAUCGAUGUUCUUUGCGCUCUCGAAUACCACGACAAAUUCAAGGUGUAUGAGGCUCGAGUUGGGUGGAUCUUGAACCGCAUAACUCUCCAUGUUCCACAAGAAGUCCACAGUCGCAGACACAUUCCCGACAUAACACUUCCUGCCACAUCUGAUGUAGAAAACGCUAGGAAACGCGCUGCGAAAGCAAGGCAAGAAGCUAUCAUGAAGCAAAUGAAAGCCCAGCAAGCUAGUUUCGCGACUAACUUUGAUGACAUUGACGACGAUGAAGAUGAAAUCAUGGAAGAUGCUGAGGAACAACAAGUUUCCUACGGGACUUGUAUCGUUUGCCAAGAGGAUCUUAGCGUGCACUCUUCUCGCCUAUUCGGGAUGCUGGGAAUGCUGCAGCCAAGUCGAUUCAUUCGACGCCAACCCGAUGGCUUUAACAACACAUUUCUCAAAGAAGCCUUACAGACGCCUAUUUCACUGGACCGAUCCAUUCCCCAGUUCAACAACACUUUCCCGCCUCGCGACGCCGAGAUCAAUGAUGCUAAAGCAGGUUUAUCAUCCAAAUUUGAAGGGUUCCCAGCUCAGUACACUCGCUUUGGCAUGAACGCAUCAGUGUGUAGCCACAUGAUGCAUUUAGAUUGCUUCCACAUCUACAGCGUGUCAAUUAGGCAGCGACACAGGGCCCAAGCUACCCGCAGCCAUCCCGAGAGCAUUCCUCGAAAAGAAUUCAUAUGUCCGUUAUGCAAAAGCUUAGGAAAUGUUAUUAUUCCUGUAUCAGCCCCUCUGACAAUCCCCUUAAACACCACACCUUUCCCCGACUGGAUACGUGCAGCCGGAAUUAACAUUCUGAAGUCACGCCCUGACCCGGUCACAAAUUCUCUCCAAUUCCGAACAGGAACAGGUGAAUUUGUAUUUUGGAGUGCUCAGGAUCCAGUAUACACGACUACUCUACGGAGUAUGGAGAAGGCAGAGGGCUCUGAUUCGUUCAAAAUGGUGGAUACAGUGAUGAUAGUGUCCAAGUCAGUUUCCCAACAGACCAGACACCUCCGGGACCGUCCUGAACCAGAAUCGUCCGAGCGAGGAGCCGGCCUGUACCUUCCCGAAGAGCUCGUUGGUUAUACCAUUGCAGCCAUGGAAAUUUCUCAGCGAGGCAUGGAGCCACCAACUGGGUUCAUGGUGGACAACUUGUCGGAGGCUCAGAUGCGGAUGAUCAGAGGGCUUCUGACGUGUCUGACCAGGCUUUCAGCACUUCACUACAAAGGUCGACCUGAUGAAGGACGAGACUCUGUACGGCAAGCUAUUAUCAAACGGUUACUACCCGAAUGGAGCCGUAGUUCGCUCACAUCAUUCUCAUAUCCAUUACUCCUCCGAGAUCCCUUCACUCUUCUCAUCGAGACCGCCGCAGUUGCUCCAGAUAUGCUACCGCACCUUCUGGUAUUGACGUACUACGCUUGUUUAGCCCGGACAGUCAUCGGUUUAGUAUUCGUACUAAACAAAAUGCGAAGCUAUAACUCGACGCCACCUAUCCAACGAAUGCACAAUGAUAUAUUUGGCGACAUUCGUAUGUUCUUCAUGUCUGUCGUGCGGCAUUCCCCUGUGUUCGAACACACAGCGACCCUAGCCUUCGAGACUUUCGGAGAGGCCCGUAUAGAGAAACUGAUGUAUUCAUUCACGCUUCCCUUCCUCCGAAAAGCCACCAUCUUGUGUCGUUCAGUUCUUCCUUCCGCAUUCCCCACUCCCGACGGUAUUGAUGCCAGCCAAAGCGAGUACAACAGACUUCUCGCCAUGCUUGGAAUUCCUGCACUUUCUGAUCUUCCAAAUCAGGACACGCUGCAGAACGCAUUAUCAGGCUGGUGCGCACAUUAUGGUCACUCGCAUGCCGCAUCACCCUUGAACUUUGGAGUUCUCUUGGAUACUCCGACUAUAUAUCGUCUUGCACGACUUCCACUUGUGCUUGAUAACUUAUUUGCCGACCGAGAAAAAACGUUGACCUGUACAAAAUGCAAGACGGUGCCUAUCGAUGCCGCGAUAUGUUUGCUCUGUGGUGUCACUUGUUGCAUGCAGAGUCACUGUUGCAUGGACAAUGAGUCUGGUGAAGGUCAUGGGGAAUGCAACAUGCAUACUCGAGAAUGCGGUGGGGCGAUUGGAAUAUAUUUCCUUGUCAAACGAUGCUCUCUAUUGUAUCUGUAUGCGAAUAACGGAACGUUCUCACAGUCCCCUUAUCUGGAUGUUCAUGGUGAAAUUGACAUAUCGAUGCGACGUGGACGUAGGCAGUAUCUGCAUCAUGCACGAUGGGAAGAAGUACGGAAGACGUGGCUCAACCAAGGCAUUCCGACUGUUAUUGCGCGAAAGCUGGAAAGUACCUUGGACUCAGGAGGUUGGGAGACGCUUUGAUAUCUAAUUUGUAACUAAUAUUUCUCACAUUUGAGAAAAUGCUGUACUACUUUGUACAUGAUUGAUUUUACACUCUGCUUGG